AUGCCGUACUGCUUUUGCGCGCUCCUCCUGAUUUCCUUUCUCGCAUCCUUCACGCGGAGGUCAAGUGCGGUGGGACCGGUGAUACGCUGUGAGCCAUGCGAUGCCGUGGCUCGACUCCUAUGCAAACCUCUGCCCAAGGACUGCACGGAGAAAAUACGGGAACCGGGCUGCGGGUGCUGUAUGACCUGCGCUUUGAGCUUCGGGCAGCCGUGCGGGGUGUACUCGGGGAAGUGCGGCACAGGGCUGAGCUGCCAGCCCCAGCCCGGAGAGACCAAACCUCUGCAGGCUCUGCUGGAGGGACGAGGCAUCUGCGCCAACGCCACGAGCAAACGGCUCACCAUCAGACCCACUCCCCCAGUCAACGAGCUGCCAGAACCCAUCGAGACUCAAGAAGAAGACAGGAAUACCACAGGCUUAGGCCUCCAAACCACAUACAGCACCCACAGACCCCUAGCACCCAUGGGACCUCAGCUUCACGCCUUCUUUUCUUCUGCCAAGUCUGAGAUGUUACGACAGGAGCAGCACAAGCGAACGCAGAGCUUCAAAUUAGAGGUGGUGACAGGGCUCAUCACAGACCAGCAGAACUUCUCUCUGGAGAGCAAACAGCAGCCUGAGUAUGGUCCCUGUCGCAGGGAGAUCGAGAGCAUUCUCAGCAGCCUCAAGAUUACAGACAAUCUCAACCCCAGAGGUUUCCGCAUACCAAACUGUGACAAGAAGGGCUUCUAUAAGAGGAAGCAGUGCCGCCCGUCCAAAGGCAGAAAGCGCGGCUUGUGUUGGGCUGUGGACAAAUACGGGCAGCCUUUGCCAGGAGACGCCCAGUAUUACAACUCGGAGAGCCAGUAGGAGCGGGCAGGAGGAGGAGGGAGUGCCAGCACCAUGAACUGUAAACACACAGAGACACUGAGGAU